UCUAGUAAGAAACUUAAUUCGACAUCUCUAUUUUCUGUCAAUGUCAAUUGAAAACUUUGACAUUUUAUUUCAAAGAACGUUGUCCGCUUAGCUGUCAUGUCAUAAAAAAUAUCGUAUCGAUCGGCCAUUUUCAUCGCGAUUGUCCCCCGACAUGUCGCAUAGGAAAUUUUCAGCACCUCGCCAUGGCUCUAUGGGAUUCUAUCCCAAGAAGAGGUCCCGUCGUCAUCGUGGCAAAGUGAAGGCAUUCCCUAAAGAUGACCCCAGCAAGCCAGUACACCUUACGGCCUUCAUUGGUUAUAAAGCUGGUAUGACCCACGUGGUCCGUGAACCAGACCGUCCUGGAUCAAAGAUCAACAAGAAGGAGAUUGUGGAGGCUGUGACCAUAAUUGAAACCCCACCUAUGGUCUGUGUAGGAGUUGUUGGCUAUAUUGAUACUCCUCAUGGUCUCCGUGCUUUGCUUACGGUUUGGGCAGAGCAUAUGUCGGAAGAUUGUCGCCGUCGUUUCUACAAGAAUUGGUACAAAUGUAAGAAGAAGGCCUUUACUAAGGCUAGCAAGAAGUGGCAAGAUGAACUUGGACGUAAGUCCAUUGAGAAAGACUUCAAGAAGAUGAUACGCUACUGUAGUGUUAUCAGAAUCAUUGCCCACACUCAAAUGAAACUGUUGAAGCAACGCCAAAAGAAAGCACACAUAAUGGAGAUUCAAGUUAAUGGUGGAUCCAUUGAGGAUAAAGUGAAAUGGGCUAGAGAACACUUGGAGAAACCAAUCCCAGUAGACUCUGUUUUUGCUCAAGAUGAGAUGAUAGAUUGCAUUGGUGUCACUAAAGGGAAAGGAUACAAAGGUGUGACUUCUCGUUGGCACACUCGUAAGCUUCCACGCAAGACCCACAAGGGUCUCCGUAAGGUCGCUUGUAUCGGUGCGUGGCAUCCGUCUAGAGUGUCAUUUACUGUUGCUCGUGCUGGUCAAAAGGGAUACCACCAUCGUACUGAGAUGAAUAAGAAAAUCUACCGCAUUGGACAAGGAAUUCAUACUAAAGAUGGAAAGGUUAUCAAGAACAAUGCUUCUACUGAGUAUGACUUGUCUGAGAAAUCUAUCACUCCAAUGGGUGGUUUCCCCCAUUACGGUGAGGUUAACAAUGACUUUGUUAUGAUCAAAGGCUGCUGCAUGGGACCGAAAAAGAGAGUUAUUACUUUAAGAAAGUCUCUGCGAGUGCACACAAAGAGGGCCGCUCUUGAGAAGAUAAGUCUCAAGUUUAUCGAUACAUCAUCCAAAUUUGGUCAUGGUCGCUUCCAAACGCCUGCUGACAAGGCUGCUUUUAUGGGUACUCUCAAAAAGGACAGAAUUAGAGAGGAAGCCGCAGCCGCGACCGCACCUGCAGCCGCACCGCAGUCCUAAAUAUUUUGGACUAUAAAUAAAAGUAUCUGAAAUAUA